AUGCUUCAUUAUAUUAUUUUCCUCGCUUUUUUGUCUGCUGUGCAGACAGCUCCUACAGCAGGUCUCAGGAGUAGGGCAUCAAUCUCCGCUCUAGGGCAGCCAGCCAUCUCAGCGUUCACGCCAUACACCCAUUACGCCAGCACUGGCUACUGCAAAGCGUCUGAGACACUCACUUGGACCUGUGGUGUGAAUUGUCAAGCAAAUCCAGAUUUUGAGCCCAUCGCGUCCGGAGGCAAUGGUGACACUAUACAAUUUUGGUUUGUAGGAUAUGAUCCCUCCCUAAGCUCAGUGAUUGUUUCGCAUCAGGGAACAGAUCCUGAAGAGAUCUGGUCGCUCGUCACAGACGCAAAAAUCGUCCAAGUAAAGCUUAAUUCUACUCUGUUCCCGGAGUUAAGCUCCGACAUUGAGGUGCACGACGGAUUCGCAGACGAACAUGCGAAGACAGCGACGGAUGUUCUCUCGGCUGUGCAAAGUGCGAUGUCCAAGUAUGGCGCAAAGGACGUUACACUCGUGGGACAUUCCUUAGGUGCUGCUAUUGCGCUUCUUGAUGCUGUCUACCUUCCACUGCAUAUUCCUGGUGCAUCAUUUAAGUUCGUUGGCUACGGACUGCCCCGGGUUGGCAACCAAGCUUUUGCAAACUACGUUGAUGCCCAAUCAACUUCCGUGACCCACAUCAAUAACGAGGAGGACCCAAUUCCAAUAGUCCCGGGUAUGGAUCUAGGUUAUGUGCAUCCCUCGGGCGAACUACACAUCCAGGAUUCGGGGGAGUGGACACAAUGUCCUGGGCAGGACAACCCGAGUAAGCAAUGCAUAGUUGGCGACGUCGCGAACCUCCUAGAUGGAAACCUUUCCGACCACGAUGGUCCUUACAAUGGCAUCACGAUGGGCUGCUAG